UCUUCAUAGCUCUGUCGAAUUGUCAAUAGUCGCUGACGCUUUCCUUCGGAAAUUCAUCAGGGGCCUUUUAAGAAGAAGAAGACUUUUUCCUGUUGUUUCUUGUUCAUUCCUGUUGGUUUACUUGGUACUGUGACUUCGUUUUUCUCUCUCCCGCAGUGGAUUUUUCCUUUUUACGUUUGUCGUGCACGUAAUUACAAUGAAUACGAAAGAAAAGGAGAAAUACAUCGAGGAUUUCGAUUUUCCAUAUUGCGACGAAUCCACCAAAUAUGAAAAAGUUGCGAAAAUUGGCCAGGGUACCUUCGGAGAGGUAUUCAAAGCUAAGGACAAGAAAACAAAUAAGAAGUUUGUUGCAAUGAAGAAAGUAUUAAUGGACAAUGAGAAAGAAGGUUUUCCCAUUACGGCAUUACGAGAGAUAAAGAUAUUACAAUUGCUGAAACACGAGAAUGUAGUCAACCUUAUAGAGAUCUGCAGGACACGAGCUACUCAGUACAAUCGACAUCGGUCUACUUUCUAUUUAGUAUUUGAUUUCUGUGAACAUGACUUGGCUGGUUUGUUGUCAAAUGUAAAUGUAAAAUUUAGUUUAGGAGAGAUAAAAAAGGUUAUGCAACAGUUACUAAAUGGUCUUUACUAUAUACAUAGUAAUAAGAUUUUACAUAGAGAUAUGAAAGCUGCUAAUGUUUUAAUAACAAAAAAUGGCACAUUAAAGUUAGCAGACUUUGGUUUGGCACGAGCAUUCAGUGCAAAAAAUGGCCAUUCGAAUCGUUAUACGAACAGAGUAGUCACUCUUUGGUACAGACCACCAGAACUCCUUCUUGGGGACAGAAAUUAUGGACCUCCUGUGGAUUUGUGGGGCGCUGGCUGUAUAAUGGCAGAAAUGUGGACGAGGUCCCCCAUAAUGCAGGGAAAUACUGAGCAACAACAGCUGAUAUUGAUCUCGCAGUUGUGUGGUUCAAUAACUACCGAGGUAUGGCCUGGUGUCGAAAAUCUCGAUUUAUUUACUAAAAUGGAUCUUCCUAAGGGGCAAAAAAGAAAGGUGAAAGAUAGACUAAAGCCAUAUCUCAAGGAUCCUUAUGCCUGUGACUUGCUAGAUAAACUUCUAAUACUUGACCCUAGUAAAAGAUGCGACUCUGACUCCGCAUUAAAUCAUGAUUUUUUCUGGACUGAUCCAAUGCCAUGCGAUCUCAGUAAAAUGCUUGCGCAGCAUACUCAAAGCAUGUUCGAAUACUUGGCACCACCCAGACGACCUGGUCAUAUGCGUCAUCCACAUCAUCAAGUGCCUGGAGGACCAACCAAACCUAGUUCUAGUAUGGCCGAUAGCGGAUACCAGGAUCGUGUCUUUUAACACAUUUAUUUCUUACAAACACACAUACACAUACACACACAUACGCGUGCACGCGUACACACGUGUGUAUACAUGCAAUAUAUUUUAUUCACGUAUAUAUGGAGCAUAAGAAUUUUGUUUAUUGUGUGCUAAAAUUAUUGUGUGCUAUGUGCAAUUUCAUUCUAAUGUAAACAAAUUUUUAUACAAUUUUGAUAAAAGUUAUUUUAUUUAAAA